AAGUUGCGGGGCGCCAUGUCGGAGGAGAGCCGCGCCGAGGCCUUCCUCUACCUCGUGUCGUGCUUCAGGGCGCGCCUGAGGCGUAACAUCCGCGUGCAGCCCGUGCUCGACUGCCUGCCCUCGCUGAGCGCCGAGGAGCGCGAGCGCGUGGAGGCGGCGGCGCUGCAGCGCGGCGAGGGGGAGGCGGCCGAGCUGCUGCUGCGCGCCCUGGAGCGCAGGCCCCGCCGCCUCUUCCCCGAGUUCCUGCAGGCGCUGGAGCGCGGUGGCUGCCACCUGGCCGCCAGCUACCUGCACCCCAGCCUGAGCCAGCUGCCCUCGCCCGGCGAGGAGGCCCAGCACGACCUGUGCGUGCAGCUCGUGCAGCUGCUCCACCGCGCGCUCGUGGAUAACAUGCGCGCCGUGCAGGUGGCCGAGAAGUGCCUGCAGCUCCGCAUCUUCCACGAGGAGGACCUGGAGCGGAUCCAGACUGCAGCUGAAAAUCGUGGGAAUAGAGAAGGUGCAAGGGAGCUGCUAAGAAGAAUAGUUCAGAAGAAGGACUGGUUCUCCCCCUUUUUGAGAGCCUUGCGUGAAACUCGACAUGAAGACCUUGCAGAUGAGUUAAGUGGAAACACAGCAGGAGUAGAAAAUAGAGAAAAUGGGAUCAAUAACAGAACAAAUGAAGAAGUAGAAGUCACAAGGCAACCAGGAGAUGCUGCAGUGGAAGAUUUCAAACAGCAAGAAAAUGUGAAUGAUAAUUCAGCCAGUGAGAGCAGUGUUUUGGAAAGCUCUUUUGGAGAGAAUUCUGCAGUUUCAGAGUCUGAUGUCCCUGUAGGAGAUGGAAGCAUCAAUAAUGUGAAUGAAAACCUGGGGCAGAGCAGCAGCACAACCAGUGAUUCGGAUGAAGAUGAAGAGGAGAGCAGAGCUUCACCUGGGCCAGAACUGAUCCUGAGAGAUUACCAGAUGGAAGUUGCAAAACCAGCACUGAAUGGGGAGAAUAUUAUAAUAUGUCUCCCUACAGGCAGUGGUAAAACUAGAGUGGCUGUUUACAUUACCAAAGAUCAUUUGGAUAGGAAGAGAAAAGCAUCAGAGCCUGGAAAAGUUAUAGUACUUGUUAAUAAGGUACCAUUGGUGGAACAGCAUUUACGAAAGGAGUUUCAGCCAUUCUUGAAGCACUGGUAUCAGGUUAUUGGUUUAAGUGGUGAUACUCAGCUGAAAAUCUCAUUUCCUGAGGUCAUCAAGCAAUACGAUGUCAUUAUCAGCACAGCGCAGAUCCUGGAGAACUCGCUGUCAAAUGCAGCUGAGGAAGAGGAAGAGGGUGUCCUCUUAUCAGAUUUUUCUCUUAUCAUUAUUGAUGAAUGUCAUCACACUCAAAAGGAAGGUGUCUACAACAAUAUAAUGCGACGUUACUUAAAAGAAAAGAUGAAGAAUAGGAAGCUGGCAAAAGAAAACAACUCUCUCAUUCCACAGCCUCAGAUUCUGGGACUUACAGCCUCACCUGGUGUAGGAGGUGCAACAUCCAGUAUGAAAGCUGUAGAACAUAUUCUGAAAAUCUGUGCCAAUCUUGAUGCAUGUAGGAUCAUGACUGUUGAAGAGCAUGUUUCCCAACUGAGGAAUCAGGUGAAGGAACCAUAUAAGAAGACUGUGAUUGCAGAUGACAAAAGAAGGGAUCCAUUUAGAGAGAAAAUUAUCGACAUCAUGAAAGACAUUCAAAACUAUUGCCAGCUCUAUCCAAAAUCGGAGUUUGGAACUCAACCCUAUGAACAGUGGGUGAUUAGAGAGGAGAAAAAAGCGGCAAAAGACGAAAAACGCAAGCAACGUGUCUGUGCAGAGCACCUGAAGAAAUACAACGAUGCUUUGCAAAUAAAUGACACUAUUCGAAUGGUUGAUGCAUACAGUCAUCUGCGUAACUUUUACAAGGAGGAAAAAAGCAAAAAAACAGUAGUGAGUGAUGAUGAGGAUGAACCAACAGUAUCAAAACAAGACGAAACAGAUGAAUUUCUAAUUGGUUUGUUUUAUGAAAAGAAGAAACAGCUAAAAGAGUUGGCUAAAAAGUCCGAAUAUGAAAAUGAGACUCUAACAAAGUUGCGAAACACUUUGAUGGAGGAGUUCACAAAGACUGAUGAACCAAGAGGAAUCAUUUUCACCAAAACCCGGCAAAGCGCUACUGCUCUGCUCCAGUGGAUUAAGGAUAACAAAAAGUUUGAAGAAGUGGGAAUUAAAGCUCAAUAUCUUAUUGGUGCUGGGCACAACAGUGAAACUAAACCUAUGACUCAGAAUGAGCAAAGGGAAGUAAUUGAUAAAUUCCGAGAUGGAAGAGUAAACUUACUCAUUGCUACUACUGUAGCUGAGGAAGGCCUAGACAUCAAGGAGUGCAACAUUGUUAUUCGCUAUGGCCUGGUCACCAAUGAAAUUGCUAUGUUACAGGCUCGUGGUCGAGCUCGAGCUGAUGAGAGCACCUAUGCCCUUGUGGCUUCAAGUGGCUCAGGAGCUGUUGAACGUGAGGAUGUUAAUAGUUUCCGUGAGAAAAUGAUGUAUAAGGCCAUUCAGUAUGUCCAGAAGAUGCCACAAAAAGAGUACUUAGAGAAGAUUCAGACCUUCCAGUUGCAAAGUCUAAUGGAAAAAAAAAUGAAGACAAAAAGAGAUCAGUGUAAGACAUAUAAGAAAAAUCCUUCACUAAUAAAAUUCCUGUGCAAAAACUGCCACAAGAUGGUAUGUUCAGGAGAAGAUAUACAAGUUAUUGAAAACAUGCAUCACGUCAGUGUGAAAAAAGAUUUCCAAAACCUAUACCAUACAAGAGAAAAUAAGACACUACAAGAAAAACAUGCUGAUUACCAGACAAAUGGGGAAAUUAUAUGUAAAGACUGUGGACAAGCUUGGGGAAACAUGAUGGUCCAUCGAGGUCUUGACAUGCCUUGUCUAAAGAUUAAAAAUUUUGUGGUUGUGUUUGAAGGCAAGAAAACAACAAAAGACAUUUUUAAGAAAUGGGGAGAACUGCCAGUCCGGUUCCCUGUUUUUGAUUAUGUGGGUCAUUGUCCUUCAAGUGAUGAGGAUUAAGGACUCUGAAAAGGGGCUUUUAUUUUUCUUCUGUGUUUUUCUGACUACUGAUUAGAAGCUCCUGUCUCAUAUAGUGAGGACUUCACAUGAAAACUGCAAAAUCCAUGAGCUUGAGCAAACUGCCUGGAAGAGAAAAAGAGACCUGAGGGAUUAGAAGGACUAAGUCACAUGGCUGUUGUCUGCACACAGAUUUGCAGUGAUGCUCUGGGACAAAGAGUAAGACCAAGAAGGCUGCACCAGAGUGUAAUCAUAGAACAAAUUCCAUUCUCCUCAUAAUAAAGUCCUGUGUGGGGUGAUAAUAUGGACAGAAUGUAUUAGGUGACCAGUGUCCCAGUGUAAUAGAACAUCAACAUAGAUGUUCGUGGCGAUCAUUUUGCAAUUUUGUAUGGCCACUGAAAUUGAUUAUUUUAAAAUUCCAGAAGUGCAAUGUCAAGUAUUAGUUUUAUGGGACUGCUAAAUAAUAGCUAUGCAAUAUAUUUGUUUAAUAAAUGACUGUAAUGAAUAACCUUUUCCAUUUGUGAUGCUAUUUAUUCUCUGUCACUGAAAGUAUUUUGACAGUAAUAAUGCUACAAAUCUACAAGAUACUGGAAUUCUGACUGAAAAAAUAGCAUAACCUGCCUCCAUAUUUAUCUAAUUGACAGAUUCCCCUCCUCCCUCUGUUUGCAAGUAAAAUACUGGAGAGUGGAAAGAAAGUCUGUUUGUGCUAUAAC